AUGACCCAGCUGGUGAAAUCACAUCCGGAACACUUCGUCAGUCUGUAUAAGAGUUGCUACCUUGGCUUUGUCUCCAAUUCUCGUGAGGUCACAUCGGAAACAUGGCCCAUCUUACAUUUCAUGCACAAAACGUUCGCUGAACUGACCGUUUUGCAUCCAAAUCUUGCCUAUCCUUAUGCAUUUGUGUAUAUCCGACAGAUUGCCAUCCAUCUAAGGAAUGCUAUCAUCUCGAAGAAGCGGAAGGACAUGGUCCGUACCAUUUAUAACUGGCAAAUGAUGCAAUGUCUCUAUCUAUGGGCGAGAGUGAUAUCAAAAGCGCAUGCUGUUCAUGAUUGUGAAGCCAUUUGUGAAUUGACUUAUCCACUUACGCAACUUUUACAUGGAGUGCUGAAGUGA